AUGAUUGUAGAAUGCAAACAGAUCGACAGACAACCACAAACCCUCUUUGUGAAUUACAUGGUUCCUUUCUGUAUCCACUUGUUACUUGCUUUAAAACCUGCUGCCACAAAAGGAGCAAGAAAUUCAUCCAAGGUCAUAUCUGCAAAUAUUCCUUCACCAUCAAAUCCAAUGUCAACAUCAUUGUCCCAUGGGAGCGGUUUGCCGAUACGAUGCGCUCCCCAAAUGGAACCAUACAUCAACUAAUGCCGGAUUUUCAUGUCGUCUAGUAUUUUGUAAACUUUGUAUGUAACUUCCAGCAGCUGAUUUAUUUCUAAUUCACUGUUCUGACAAGAAACAACUGAUCCCCACCUGUUAUAGUAAGCAAAGUUCUGUAAAUUUAAGUACACAUACGUUCCCACAAGGUCCAAACCUAUUACGAGACGGAUAAGCAGGCUCCGCUUUCUGCGUCUCAUCAGUUCUCCUUGUCUGUUUUUUUUCAUUAGGCGUGUCUGUAGCUGAGGAUGGACAGGAGCAUAAUGGUAUCUGAAAAAUGGAUAAAACCAUUUAAAAAGUUAACAAAAAUAACUUAAUACAUGCUUUUUUUUUGAGUGGAAUGACCAUCAUGAUAAUGCAUCUGAACUUUUAAGAACGAUGCAAUAAAUUUGUAUGGCAUUUCUCAUUUAAGAACGUAAAAUUAGAAACCUAAUUCCAGCUCCCCUCCAUGCCAGAGGGGAUUGGACAAGACCAGAAAUGGCUUAAUAUUACAAAGUUUUAUGUAAACGCCCAUAAAAACUCAGUUAAAUGACCUUGCUUUCCAUGAUUUCUCGUAGCUCAGUUUAUAGAGCACCCACAGAGUGUUUGGGAGGUCAUGGUAUCGAUUCCUGUCAGGACUCAGAUUUUCGUUGUCCAACGCUCGUGUCAUGUUGAUUAGUUUACUUUUCACUUUUCAUUGCCCAGCUUAAAAAUUUACUGUCUUUAUUUAAUUAUCAAAUUCUCAUGGUGUUCGCGGGAGCUCUGAACAGACAACCAAAUGUCAAACACAUUCAUGCCGAGAAAACACACAUCGAAAAACGUCUUCUUCCCUCAAGAAGCGAUUCCUUCCAAAUUGACUUGUGAGAAAAUACAUGCUCCUUAUUGGUCCAUUACCUAUAAUACAAUUCAGUGCAUGUCCAACCUCCUCUAGCUACGAACAAUAAUGUCACAAAUCUGGCUCAUGAAGAGACUGUAUUCACAUUUUCUUCCCAAAGAAAUACUACUGAGAGUAAAUUAUGAGGAGAUCAGAAUCUCUGAUAAAUGACGCAAGCAAGUAGAAGCUCUGAAACUUAUUAGAAAGUUGUUACAUUCCACUGAACAACUCAAGUCUAGCUUUUAUGAGUUGAUGAGGUCAAAGAUUUUUACCAACAAUGUCGGUAUACCACAAUGGCUGUCUCAGACUGCAGUGUUUAUCCUUGACCUCACUGUGACCUCACCUUGUUAUCCUGGACGGGACAAAUUAAUAACUAGGAUGUACUAUUUCAAAUCCCAGUUAGUUCCCUUGGGAGUUCAAGAUAGCAGUAAAUUCAUUAAUGUCAAAGACCGGCAAACUGCAAUCGAAAGCCAGUUUUAUUGUUUACUGGACAAAGGGUUAUGAGCUAUUAGGAUUUGAUGAUUUAGUUACUGUAAUAAAAAGUACUGACCAAUAACCUGCCCUUGAUAUAAUUUGCUCCUUAUCAGUUUUAUCAACAAUCAGGAAUGUUAUAUUUAUAUUUCAGUGAGGGGAGAGUUGAAAAGACUGAGCCCCGUUCCGCGGACUACCCAGUGACCCCCACUCCGUGGACUACCCUGCGGACUACCCCCACGGACUACCUUAAAUAACCAACCACAUUUACUUUAACGUGGAAAAGAGACAAUCAUGACUGUAUGAAAAACAGUCGCCAUUUUCGUUUCACCAACUUCCUCGACCGAGUGUUUUUUUUUUCUUUUUACUUCAUUCUUCAUCGACCUUAUGCCAAAUCCCCGUUUUCUGAAUGGACUGUUUCUGGAUUCCGUGUAUUUUGUGUUUAUGGUUGCCCCAAAUCUACACGGGCAGAAUGUCAUGCCUCAGUGUUAUGUCGGUGAAACCGCUAGACAUUUUGGCACCAGGACUACUAACUUAGGAAGCGCUUAAUCUCAGAUCUCAAUUCCCAUGUCUAGAAACAUCUUUAGGGUUCUGAGUUGUGUAAGAACCUAGGCUCUUUUAAUUGUUUUUGCAUUUUGGAAUCGGCUCUUACCAGGUUUUAACUUAAGAUCAAAGAAGCCCUUCAUGUUGAAUGGGAACGACCUGCACUGAAUAAGCAACUGAAACAUGUUAGUUUAAGGGGGCUGGAAACAGUUUCCACUACUUUCCAAGGCUUACAGUUUGAUGGGUCAUUAUAACCACUCUAUACGAGUUGAUGCCCAAAUCGUAAUAUCAACAAACUGGCCAAUCAUCGGUGAACAAGUUGCUGUUAGUUUUGAGGCACAAUAGGUUACCAUAGUAACAAUAUGACCUGCUAAAAACACCCUUAAUUUUAGCUUUAAGCGCUUAUGACUCAAAAAUGAGCUCGGUGACCCCCAUGUUUUAUUAUCGAAUUGUAAUCAACAUGAUAAGAUGGAACUUUUUGCAAAGUUUAAAAAAAUUCUGCGAAGGGGUUUCAGAGCCACCUUAAAUUUUGGAAAAUUUUCCUUUCCCUCCAUUUUGGGACUUGCAGCCACUGUGUCCUUCUUCCAUAACGAAGCCCGAUUUACUCAGAUUUAGGUGUUCUUCCGGGCAUGUUCUCUCCAAAACGAGGUCGGUGACCCCCAUUUUUUUACAUUUCUGACAUCACUAACUGAUCAUCUUUCAGUGGUAAAAUUUUCAGAAAAAAAAUCAAUGUUAGAACAUUUUCGCGCGAACGUCCUUAAUUAACACUCUUACUUUAAUUACUUUUAGUGUUCAACAUUUUUCACAAACUUGUACUUGCACCUUUUUAUUUUCCCAGUUUUGUAACCAUUAUUCUACAUUUUGCAAUUAUCGCGUACUUGUUUCUUACUUCAUAUAAAGUCACUCCCUUGUAAACAUCCUUCAACUGAAGAUGGUACUGGGUAUCUGAAACAUUCUUUGUAAAUGCAAACGUUUUUACGAUAACUGCAGAAAUUCUCGCGCGCUCAUUGACAAGUUUUUAUUGUCAAUAAGCGGACAGACACAUGAAUUUAUAAUUUAUGCGAUGCGUCAAGGAACGAAAGCGGACAAUUUGACAAUUUGUUAGUCUGCGGAUCCACUCGACUAUCUCCUCGUGGAUCCACAGCUCCUUUCACAAUGCCCUUGUUAUGAUGAAAUUCAUGAUCAAUAACAGGACAGACGCAUGAAAACUGACGUCAAUUUUUAAGUCGUUUGAUUCGAGUCUUUCAGCUACGAAGAUUUGGCAUCUUAAGAUAUAAAUUUUAGCUUUUGUACAUGAAAAGGUAAAUUCUGAAGAACUCUUGGUAAGAACUUUUUUCCAUUUUUUCUUUGUUUUCAAACAGUGCUAACAACAGCAUUUUUGGUUAAGCCGACAUUGAUGCUAAGUAUCUCUGAAAAAAAUGUUGCUGCCACUACUUUCUUUUUGAAUUCCAAUAGCCUUUGCCAGAUUCUGGCUCGAGAUUUUUCUAUUUAUAGGUGUUCCGAAGGUACCUUUCUUAAUUAUUUAUUAUUAUAUGGCUUGUGUUUGAAUCCAGUAUAACGCGCGCUCUGAUUGGCUAAGUGCAACUUAACGACAGGGCAUUAUUCUCCUGUAAUACCCACGGGCUGAUUACGAUUACGGAUUAUGCAAAUUAGGAAAAGAAAAAACACAAAAGGUUAUCCAAAUCUAGACCAUAUUUCCUUUAUUUACAUUUAAAAUCGUUGUGAUACAAGACGAUGAGUGACGAUUAACAUUCAGAGAGUUAAUUAUAUCACUAUUUUAAGGAAAAAAUGAAGUUACAUCGGCAAAUUACGAACGAGUUCAUUGGUCAGGGAGAAAUUGAAUUAAGGCCUCAGUGUACCCCAAAUUUGAUCAUUUUUCAAAAAAGUUGUUUUCCGCCUUUUUAGAUAGAUCUUACAGCAAUCUUUUCUAGAUCUUAUAGCAAUCUUUUAUUUUAAAAAAAUUCUAUGAAAAAAGAUUGAAUGUAAGCAAAGUUAUUAACGAAAAUUGUUUCUUUCCAUUAAUUAUCUCUAAUUGAUAACUGUCAACACGUUGUCAACACGAGAGUUAAUUUGCAUUAAAAGAUCACGUGACAGACGUGGUGUUGUGCGAUUUUCACACGUUUGUGAGCUGCUUCAAGAAUUUUCUAAUUUGUAGACAAAAAUUUAAAAACUUGUAUCUAUUCCAUGUAGUCGAAGAAAAAAGGCAAGAGUCCUAGCUUGUCCUUUUGCUAGUGCGAAGUAAUAUGUCAAACACGAGAAACAGUGUUUCAUCGGGAUAUCCAAACACCAAGAAGAGAGUUGAAAAUACGACGCGCAGCGGAGUAUUUUUGACGAAAUUGGAGGUGUUUGAAUAUCCGAUGAAACACUGUCUCGAGUGUUUGAUAUAUCUUCUCAAUCGAAACAAAAACUAAGGAGUAAAUGGAGAAGUAAAAUCGUCAAAAUCUAUGCUAAUUAAGACCUGGUAUCCAAACCUCCUUCACGCUUAUGAUUUUCUUUGUUUUAAUUUGAUGAAUUAUUAAUGAGUUUGAGAAGAAACUUUCAAAGAGGAAAAAGGAUUCGAUUUCAUUUGAUAAGGAUCGAGCUGAUGUGUUAGCGGCUAGUGAUCGAGGUUCCUACUUUGAACAGAAGAAAUAUUGCUCUAGACGAGGAGGAGCAUUGAUUGAGAGAACGAGGCCGUUAGUGUUAGUGUUAUCCGGGCGAAAAUUGAAGGCAAAGGCUAAGACAAACCCGCAGAACCGGACUCACAAGAGUCUUGGCAAGAGUUGGCCGGUCGAACAAUUGUUGCCGGAGAUCGCUUGCAAGAAAAUCUCUUGAAAUCAGUUUCUUGUCAGUUUUCUCACGCAGAUGUGAUUUUGUUAGAGAAUGUUUUUGCAAGAUCCGUGCUUGGUUCAUGUUGGAUCGUGUCCUGUCAAAACGAGAACUGCCCAUACAUUUCUCUUAUCAUAAUUUCCUUGGCGCUUUCGCUACUCGAAGCGAUAACUUCUUGAUCAAUACCUGCACGAGUUACGUCCUCGAAGAUUUCCUUUCCCUUGUUUACGCGAACGCUUUUUUCGUGUCUUCAGCAUCCCUCAAGCUGUUUCGUUAGAGGAAAUGUGAAUCCACAUUAAGCUUAGUAGAAAACGAAAAAUUGAACGAAAAUCAUUCAGUCCCUACUAACCUACUUGCGCGAGCGGCGGAAAUCAGGCUUACAAAGGAGCAACAUCCCACCAGGAGCAACAUUUUGAGCCCGCUUAAGUAAAACUAGUAUCCCUAAAUGGUAAAAAUGCUGCCGAAAGGGAGAACGAUAUUGAGUAUGGUAAUUGUUACCCUAUGAACUGAACUGUGAAGAAUUGUUUUACACAAGACAUAAUGGUAUCGUUAUGAUGGGAAAUCAAUUGAAACUGUCUUCAGGUCGGGGGUUUUCUAGGCUUGAAUAGAUGUUGCGUGCGUGUAGCAUUUUUUGCUUCAGAAUUUUUGUUAUUUCAGCUUUCAUUAUAUAAUAUUUGAUGUUAUGCCUUGUCUCCCCUGCCCUAAAAAAGGACGAAAGUAAUAAUACUUUUAAUGGCAAUUGGAAAAGAAUUUUUGAGCAGAACUUCAUGAUGUGUUUCGGUACAUAGAGGGGGCUAUUAUUGUAACCUGUGAAAACCUGUUUUCCUGAGAAAAUGAACGGUGGCUAAACAUCAACAUUGAGCAAUAGACAUUGCGAAAAACUGUUUAAUAAAAUUAUAUAUAAAAUAACAUUUUGUUAAGUACUCUAAAAUCUGUCACAUCAACAUUAUGGUAUUGAAAAUCAGUUGUCUCUCCAACAGUAACUUGCAAUGUUGAAAAAUCAACUCGAAACUAUUAUGAAUUUGACAUUAUAGUCACAUUAUACUCUGUGAAACAGUACAGUUAAUUUUUUUUAUGACAUACAGUACCGCUCAGAAAUAAGCGAACUUCGCGUGCGCAGUCUAAACGCGCAUAGGUAUAGGUAUUUCUUUGUUAUUCACCUCUAACUGUUUCUUUUGUGAAGUAUUGUUGGACAAAACAAUAACUAGCUUUGUUAGGAAAACUCAAAAAGCGAGAGCCUUUCGAUAACAGCCAAAUUUGCAUGUUGUAAAAACAUCUUCAAUGAAGCUAUCGUAUUUCCAAUCUAGUCGAUUAAUUAUCACUGCCUACUUGCAACGACUGCUUGGUUUUCUCCCUGUUUAGGAAAAGAAUAUCAUCCGCUAAGCAUACACUUCAUUUUACAUACAUACAUACAUACAUACAUACAUACAUACAUCUGUCCUGAUUUGACAAAACAUGGACUCCGGAAUCCAGGCUUGAAGGUCGACGAUAGUCGACCUUCAAGCCAGUGGCGUCCACAAAAAUUGAGGGGGGGCUCCGUCAAGCACCAUUGUGGCAGUUAGCCAGGGCCUUGGUCUACCUACCCUUGGGAGCCCAGGGUCAGCAUUUGAAUUUCAGGCCCGCUAGGGGGGUGGGUAAGUUCGGUGUUUUGCCUUGUUUCAACUAAGACUUUUGCUCUGCUUUAAGGGUCAGUACUGGUUCUUGACUUUGCCUUCUGUUAGCUUAGCUUUGACCGUCGAGGGCAGAAGUAGCUUGGGUUAGGUGGAGGGGCCUCCAGUCCCAAAAGGGGGAGAGAAGGGUGGGAAAAAAUGACCUAGAGUGCAUUUGGCUUUCCCUGGCUAUCUUUUGCUAAAUCAGGACAGACAUACAUACAUACAUACAUACAUACAUACAUACAUACAUACGCAAUAACUGGGAAAAAAUUUGGCAGAAAUCUAUGGCUACUUUUUUGGCAAAUGAAAUAAAUGGUACAGAUAGAGGCGUAACGGGCCUAAUAGAGCAAGUCCAAAUUAUGUUUCCUUUAAAAGAUAAAAUAUCAAUUAAUAAUGAAGGGUAUUUGAAGCCAUUUUUUCCGGGACGUAGAUGAUUAAGUAAUCAAAGAAAGUCGAACUCUGUGUAGUAUAACAAACCGCAUUGAAGAAUAAUCGAGCUUAUUUGUUGCGCACUGAGAUAACCAAACGUCACCUAAAUAACCAUAUUUGUCAGCAUCGUGGCAUGAAAACAAGCACGGUGACCCCUUUUUUUAUUACGUUUUUAACAUCUCCUUGUACUGUAAUGACACCAUACCAAGUUUCAUUGGAAAUCUAUGGCGAGCUCUUUUACUCGGGAAUUACCUUAAGUCUAGCAAUGCCGUGUAAAUAGUGUCACAGCGAAAAAGCCGCCUCACGAUCUUUUUAUUGCUUUAAGAGCGAGCAAUAUAUCCAAGCGAAAUGUUGUCUUUAAACAAUAAGCUUUCUCCCACCCCAGGAAGUUUUGGUUCAGAAAGAAAUGGUUCGUUCGUGGAACACGUUCGCGACGCAUUUCGCCGGCUACUGUUCCUGCUAAAUAUAGCGCGAGUUUGUAAACGACACGUCAAUUUUAGUUUAAAAAGCGUUGUUUUCACAUCUUAGUUCGUAGCUUUAACAAGAGUAUCACUAAGAAUUGUGAAGCAAAUUGACUUAAGUUUUCAACCACAGUAAACAUAAAUAAUGAGCCAAGAUUCUCAAUAACUUCGUGCCGCUGUUGACGUGUUCUGCUGAGCCGCUUUUGCGUCACCGGAGAGGAAGUGAAAUAAAAUAUCUCGGUUGUAUUAAUUGGCGUAAAUCGGAGAUUUUAAACGGUGGUACGUAUACGAUCUAUAUCCGUAGAAACGAUGUAUUAUCGGAGUUUCUACCAUGCACCGUGCACCGUGAACAUGUAUUAACUAUUUAAUUUUGCACGAUAAAGUUUUUGCGACUCUUGUACCUGCCUCUUGCUAAUUGUCUAUCGACUUUAAGCGUCACGGCAAGUAGUGAAAAUAAUGAUUCUAUGGUUCACUGCGCAUCCUAAAUCAUCCAUUGGCGCAUAACCACAAUUCCUUGCGCCAUAUCACUGCGCAUCCUAAAAUAUUUCCGUUCGCGCAUAACCACAAUUCUUCGCGCAUACCACUGCGCAUCCUAAAUCUCCCAUUUGCGCAUAACCACAAUUCCUUGCGUUUGGUAAGAAAAAGUGAUUGCAAUCCCCAAUAAUGUAAUCUUCUGCUGAUUAUAGAGCUGCCUCGAUCGUUCGCUUCAGGCUCACUCGCUGCGGCAACAAUAAUCCUUCACUUGGUCUAUCACAACAUGAUCUCCUCUUUGAAUUAACCAUUAUCGUUAAUUAUAAAGUUCCUUUGAAUUUACGAUUAUAGUUAAUCUAGAACACUGUUUCCCAGGCUGUUUCAGAAUAGAGCAAAUUGAAAAAAAAAUUCGUGUUAUUUGGACUGGAUUUGAACCAGGAAUUACCCGCCGCUUGCAGGAUCGGCUACUUACCACUAGGCCACGGAAGAACAAGGCGACGGGAAGAAAUUUAACUAAAUUUUUAAUAGAGUUUUGCAUAGAAUAUCACUGAUGUACAAUGAUUAGGCCUAAGCGCAGAUAUUAAAUUGUUAGCUUUUUGUUAUGGUUUGGUGAUCGACCUUUUCCAUUCACUUUAUGAAAUUAUUUUUAGCGAGUAAUUAUAUAUGCUUACCACAGGGUGUAGAAUAAGUGUAUGAAUUAUAUUGUUUCAAAAUCGAGGUUUGUCGAACCAGCAACGUGGUGGUCUGAUGGUUAGAGGAGAGGAUGAGAAAGCGGAGAUUCGCAGGUUUGAGUCCUGUCCGGACACUGAUGAUUGUCCUUUUUCAACAAAAAUGCUUACUUCUCAGAAUUCCUUUCAGACUGUAAGUGUUCUAGAUUAACUAUAAUCGUAAAUUCAAAGGAACUUUAUAAUUAACGAUAAUGGUUAAUUCAAAGAGGAGAUCAUGCUGUCUAUCAACAGGUCACUAUAUUCCGCAUGUAUAUUUUCCUUCAUAUCUCGAAACGAAAAUUUCAGCGAGUAAAGCGCACAUUUUAAGUUCGUUUCUAGCGAAUUUUCCACGUUUUUCGCUGAAAUUUGGAGAGAAUGUAGCCCGAUGAUCAGGCAAAAAAACGGUGGAAUUUUUAUUUUUUGCUUCUCUCAAAAGUUAUGACUAUUUUAGUGAAGAGAAUGCAUGUUUUUUCAACUCUCAAAGUUUAACUGCGUGUCAGAAUCAAACCAGACAAGUAAUCAAGAAGACAUAGCGAUAUUAAUCGCGUUCUCCCGCUCAAAUCUGAGCGGAAACGAACAUGUUUAGUGAACCUCUGUACAUUGAGAAAUAGCACGCUUUAUUUGACAAACCUUAAUUUUUUCUACGUUGGUAAAUAAACCCUCGGAAUCUACAAUUAUUAAGCUUUCAGAAAAUAUAUACUUUAGUAGGGUUUGCGUCAACUGUGCGACCGUAACGCGGCGCUGAAGAAUGAUGGUCAUUUCGGGUACACUGAUACCUAAAGCGUAUUCAAACAAAGAGAAAAACCACGAAAGGAAAGGAAAACUGCCAGUAAAAUGAAAACAUUUCAGCGAUAUUUGCCAUCAAUGGGCUAAGGAAGCAUAGCAGAAGUUUUGGACUUACCGGCUGCUGACCUUGACCACUUAUUGGCAAAGCUUUUUUUAUAGAUAUGGGAAAAAGGAUGGUGACCGGAUUAUGAACCUGACACCCUGUCGGGUUUGCAACGAAGUAUACAGAGAUUCCUUUCCGAAAGCAGGUCUCCUUUCACUGUCUUUUCACCAUUCAAAAGGCAAUUGGUGACACCAGAGCAGUACAGCAGUCAACAGCAACAAAUUAAUUUCCCUUGCUGUAACACAAGCCAGUUUAUCAACAUCUUCAGGCGAGCGGUUUUUUUUUAUCCGGUGUGAGUGCCAGUUCAAGAUCUUUAACGGGCCAGUAACUAUAAUCCAGGAAUCUCAGAAGAGGCGAAGAGUUUUCAUCGAAAGUGACGACGAAGAGUAGUGCUGAUUCCGUUUAAAUUGUAUUUUCUUUUACCGACACGGCCGCACGGCUUUUUAUGCAAGUUUGAAGCACUUUUCUGUAGGAGCUGACUUCUGGCGGUUAAUUAUUGAAAAUGUCGAUGAAAUUUAUCUCGUCAUAUAGUUACAAACAGGUACUAAAAUACUUUUUGUGGCCGUAUUGAUCAUUGUUUUCCACUAAUAAAUAUAUUCUUGACGGAGUACGCGUAAGCUCGCUGAAUUCUGUUGUGCAGUUUCGCAUCACCGGAUGUGAAGUAACGACUUCCCCUUGAAUUAAGAUUUUUCUUUCUUUAGAACCGUCUUUCUAGCCAUAUAAUAAACAGCUUAAUAAUCUGGACCGUUCGGUCGUUACGAGAAAAUCUCAAACCUCGGUCUACCGUAUUGACCUCGCUCUCGCUCGGUCAAUACGGCAAGGCAUCAGUUUGAGAUUUUCCCGUAACGACCUCACUCUCGGUUAUUAAGUAGUUAUUAAUGUGUAUUUUUAAGGUCACCAGACGAUAUUCUGUGUAACCUGCGAUCAGGCAUCCCUUUUUUCCGUCCCUUUUUUAAUUUGCGUCAUUUGAAGUGGGACAAGCUAUCAUUAAGAAGACGAAAACAGAAAGCUAUUAUGAUGUUUAAAUCUCUCAACGGGUUAGCCCCAGUGUACUUGCAAGAUUUAUUCAGUGAGCGACACACAGACUAUGACAUGCGCGAUUCUUUCCGUAAGUUAAACUUACCCAAGCCGCGUACCGACUAUUUAAAACGUAGCUUUGGCUAUAGCGGUGCCUUACUAUGGAAUUCUCUUCCUGAAAAUAUUAGGGCAAUUAGAUCAAUUGGGCAGCUUAAGAAGAAAAUCAACCGCGCACUUAAAACAUCCGAUUCCCACUCGGUAAUCUUCUAAAUCAGUUUUUAUAGUUAUUUUAAUUUUUAAAAAUAAUUGUAAUUAAAAUACUAUUAGUAUAACUAACGAUUGUUAACCGAGUUUAAAUAAAGAUUUUUUAAGUCUUACAUUCAUGAGUAGCUCACUUUUCUUAAAGUGCACAACCUUUACUUCAUGUACUUCAUUGUGUAAGUAAACGAAACAGCAACACAGCAUACCAUGGAGGUUAUGGCUCAAAAAUAUGCUAAAAUUGAAACUGAAGAAAAUGAAACGUGGUUACAGAAAUUACCCCUUGGAACUACAGAACAGCUAACAAGAAAUCUUUUCAACACAGUAUUUGCACAGAAUCUAUUAAUUAAAUGGUGGAAUAGUCUUCCGUUAGAAAUACGUACAUUGUCUCUCCUAAGCAUUUUUAACCACAGUCUCUCAAAGUACUUGCAGUGUCUAACCCGUAACUACCAUUUUUAUCUUGGGGAUUGUUCAGCGCCGCUUGCGACUUAAUUUUUGUGCCCUGAAAUACCGACUUUUUCAGAAAAACUAGUCUGUCCACUUUGCGAUGCACCUGUUGAAGAUCCUAAACACUAUUUUCUGUAUUGCGCAAGUUUUGCUGCCUCUGCGUGAAAAGCUGUUUGCCUCCGCUGCACAAUUGCUCGGAAAGAGAUGGCAUUGUUCUUCCAAAAAAAAAAAAAAAUUUAUGGGCUCUUAAAUGGUAUUUCUCACGAUGAUCUUGACUCUAAUAUUAUGUAUUUUAAGUACGUCCAAUCAUUUAUUUCCUUGUCCAACUGUUCUGUUAACUUCUAUUCCUUUGUGUAUGUUUUGUUCGAUCGUCACAUGUGAUAUGCAUUGUAAACAGCAUAACCUCUCCAGAGGAGCCAUUUUUAUAUUCUUAUUGUCAUCUAGGACAGCCUAAUCUCCGAUUCCAUGAAAAGCACUGCUGAUCUGAUACCACAUGCUGUGAUCCCUGAUCCCGAAGCUGUGAACCCUAAUCCCGAGCAUGUAAUUCCAGAUCACGGGGCUGUGAUCCCUAAUCCCGGGGCUGUGAUCCCUGAUCCCGAGCAUGUGAUCUCAGAUCACGGGGCUGUGAUCCCUAAUCCCGAGCAUGUGGUUCCAGACCACGGGUCUGGGAUCCCUGAUCCCGAGCAUGUGAUUCCAGAUCACAAGGCUGUGAUCCCUAAUCCCGAGCAUGUGAUUCCAGAUCACAGGGCUGUGAUCCCUAAUCCAGAGCAUGUAAUUCCAGAUCACGGGGUUGUGAUCCCUAAUUCAGAGCAAGUGAUCUCAGAUCACGGGACUGUGAUCCCUAAUCCCGAGCAUGUGAUCUCAAAUCACAGGGCUGUGAUCCCUGAUCCCGAGCAUGUGAUUCCAGAUCACGGGGCAGUGAUCCCUGAUCCCGGGGCUGUGAUCCCUGAUCCCGAGCCUGUAAUUCCAGAUCACAGCGCUGUGAUCCCUAAUCCCGAGCAUGUAACUCCAGAUCAAGGGGCUGUGAUCCCUAAUCCCGAGCAAGUGAUCUCAGAUCACGGGACUGUGAUCCCUAAUCCCGAGCAUGUGAUCUCAAAUCACCGGGCUGUGAUCCCUGAUCCCGAGCAUGUAAUUCCAGAUCACGGGGCUGUGAUCCCUGAUUCCGGGGAUGUGAUCCCUGAUCCCGAGCCUGUAAUUCCAGAUCACAGCGCUGUGAUCCCUAAUCCCGAGCAUGUAACUCCAGAUCAAGGGGCUGUGAUCCCUAAUCCCGAGCAAGUGAUCUCAGAUCACGGGACAGUGAUCUCUAAUCCCGAGCAUGUGAUCUCAAAUCACGGGGCUGUGAUCACUGAUCCCGAGCAUGUGAUUCCAGAUCACGGGGCUGUGAUCCCUGAUCCCGGGGCUGUGAUCCCUGAUCCCGAGCCUUUAAUUCCAGAUCACAGGGCUGUGAUCCCUAAUCCCGAGCAUGUUAUUCCAGAUCACGGGGCUGUGAUCCCUAAUCCGGAGCAAGUGAUCUCAGAUCACGGGACUGUGAUCCCUAAUCCUGGGCAUGUGAUCUCAAUUCACGGGGCUGUGAUCCCUGAUCCCGAGGAUGUGAUUCCAGAUCAUGGGGCUGUUAUCCCUGAUCCCGGGGCUGUGAUCCCUGAUCCCGGGGCUGUGAUCCCUGAUCCCGAGCUUGUAAUUCCAGAUCACUGGGCUGUGUUCCGUAAUCCCGAGCAUGUGAUCUCAGAUCACGGGGCUGGGAUCCCUGAUCCCGAGCAUGUGAUUCCAGAUCACGGGGCUGUGAUCCCUGAUCCCGGGGCUGUGAUCCCUGAUCCCGAGCCUGUAAUUCCAGAUUACAAGGCUGUGAUCCCUAAUCCCGAGCAUGUUAUUCCAGAUCACGGGGCUGUGCUCCCUAAUCCGGAGCAAGUGACCUCAGAUCACGGGACUGUGAUACUAAUCCCGAGAAUGUGAUCUCAAAUCAGAGGGCUGUGAUCCCUAAUCCCGAGCAUGUAAUUCCAGAUCACGGGGCUGUGAUCCCAAAUCCCGAGCAAGUGAUUUCAGAUCACGGGACUGUGAUCCCUAAUCCCGAGCAUGUGAUCUCAAUUCACGGGGCUGUGAUCCCUGAUCCCGAGGAUCUGAUUCCAGAUCACGGGGCUGUGAUCCCUGAUCCCGGGGCUGUGAUCCCUGAUCCCGAGCUUGUAAUUCCAGAUCACUGGGCUGUGAUCCCAAAUCCCGAGCAUGUGAUCUCAAUUCACGGGGCUGUGAUCCCUGAUCCCGAGGAUGUGAUUCCAGAUCACGGGGCUGCGAUCUCAGAUCACGGGGCUGUGAUCCCUGAUCCCCAGCUUGUAAUUCCAGAUCACAGGACUGUGAUCCCUGAUCCAGAGCAUGUGAUCUCAGAUCACGGGGCUGUGAUCCCUGAUCCCGAGCCUGUGAUUCCAGAUCACGGGGCUGUGAUCCCUGAUCCCGAGCUUGUAAUUCCAGAUCACUGGGCUGUGAUCCCUAAUCCCGAACAUGUGAUCUCAAUUCACGGGGCUGUGAUCCAUGAUCCCGAGGAUGUGAUUCCAGAUCACGGGGCUGCGAUCUCAGAUCACGGGGCUGUGAUCCCUGAUCCCGAGCUUGUAAUUCAAGAUCACAGGACUGUGACCCCUGAUCCCGAGCAUGCUCAGAUCACGGGGCUGUGAUCCCUGAUUCCGAGCAUGUGAUUCCAGAUCACGGGGCUGUGAUCACUGAUACCGAGCUUGUAAUUCCAGAUCACUGGGCUGUGAUCCCUAAUCCCGAGCAUGUGAUCUCAGAUCAGGGGACUGUGAUCUCUGAUCCCGAACAUGUGAUUCCAGAUCCCGAGCAUGUGAUUCCAGAUCACGGGGCUGUGAUCCCUGAUCCUGAGCUUGUAAUUCCAGAUCAAUGGGCUGUGAUCCCUAAUCCCGAGCAUGUGAUCUCAGAUCAGGGGACUGUGAUCUCUGAUCACGAGCAUGUGAUUCCAGAUCACGGGGCUGUGAUCCCUGAUCCCGAGCUUGUAAUUCCAGAUUACUGGGCUGUGAUCCCUAAUCCCGAGCAUGUGAUCUCAGAUCACGGGGCUGUGAUCCCUGAUCCCGAGCAUGUGAUUCCAGAUCCCGAGCAUGUGAUUCCAGAUCACGGGGCUCUGAUCCCUGAUCCCGGGGCUGUGAUCUCAGAUCACGGGGCUGUGAUCCCUGAUCACGAGGCUGUGAUCCCUGAUCCCGAGCCUGUAAUUCCAGAUCAUUGGGCUGUGAUCCCUGAUCCCGGGGCUGUGAUCCAUGAUCCCGACCAUGUGAUUCCAGAUCACGGGGCUGUGAUCCCUGAUCCUGGCCGUUUAUAG